AAUCAGGGCAACACCUAGAGAAAACUGGGAGAAGCUGCGGGGAGAGUAAGGGAGUUUGACAGACUGUUUACCUAUAAUAUGGGACGAUUUAAACACUAAAUCGCGACAGUUAAUAUAAAUUCAUAAUUAUACACUACAGGAAGAACAUUUAAAGGGGUCGUUUUUUGUAAAAAAACAAAAACAAAAAAAAAAAACAAGCAGGCAGCAUGUCGCGGGGAGUUCUGCAGCCUAGCCAGCAAAAGCUGGCGGAGAAACUGACCAUCCUGAACGACAGGGGCAUUGGGAUGCUUACCCGCAUCUACAACAUCAAAAAGCAAGGACAAGUUUGGAAGGCAUGUGGAGACCCCAAAGCAAAGCCGUCAUACCUUAUAGACAAAAACCUUGAGUCUGCUGUCAAGUUCAUUGUCAGAAAAUUCCCAGCUGUGGAAACACGCAACAACAAUCAACAGCUUGCACAACUACAAAAAGAAAAGUCUGAAAUUCUAAAGAACCUUGCUUUAUAUUACUUCACCUUUGUUGAUGUCAUGGAAUUUAAGGACCAUGUUUCUGAACUGUUGAACACUAUUGAUGCUUGCCAAGUCUUCUUUGACAUUACAGUCAAUUUUGAUCUUACCAAGAACUACCUAGAUUUAAUUGUAGCCUACACUACACUGAUGAUGCUGCUGUCUCGGAUUGAAGAACGAAAAGCAAUCAUUGGACUGUACAAUUAUGCUCAUGAAAUGACACAUGGGUCAAGUGACCGAGAGUAUCCCAGGCUUGGACAGAUGAUUGUUGACUAUGAAAAUCCUUUGAAGAAGAUGAUGGAAGAAUUUGUGCCACAUAACAAGGCCUUGUCCGAUGCAUUGCUUUCACUUCAGAUGGUGUAUCCGCGGCGAAAUCUAUCGGCUGAUCAGUGGCGCAAUGCCCAGUUACUCAGUCUUAUAAGCGCUCCGAGCACAAUGCUUAACCCUGCUCAAUCAGACACUAUGCCAUGCGAAUAUCUUUCUUUGGAUGCUAUGGAGAAGUGGAUCGUUUUUGGGUUCAUUUUGUGUCAUGGAGUCCUGAACACAGAUGCAGCCGCACUUAGUCUGUGGAAGCUUGCCCUUCAAAGCAGCUCUUGUCUCUGCCUCUAUAGAGAUGAAGUCUACCAUAUUCACAAAUCUGCAGAAGACUUAUUUGUGAACAUUAGAGGGUACAACAAACGUAUUACUGACAUUAGAGAAUGCAAAGAGGCUGCAUUAGCACAUGCUGGAUCCAUGCACAGAGAAAGGCGCAAGUUUUUAAGGUCUGCGCUGAAAGAACUAGCCACAGUUCUUGCUGACCAACCUGGAUUAUUGGGCCCAAAGGCACUUUUUGUAUUUAUGGCUCUUUCCUUUGCCCGAGAUGAAAUUAUUUGGCUUCUUCGCCAUGCUGAUAACAUCCAGAAGAAAAGUGCAGAUGAUUUUAUAGAUAAGCAUAUUGCUGAAUUGAUAUUUUACAUGGAAGAACUGAGAGCACAUGUGCGGAAAUAUGGACCAGUAAUGCAGAGAUACUACGUGCAGUACUUAUCUGGAUUUGAUGCUGUUGUAUUGAAUGAACUUGUUCAGAAUCUGUCUGUCUGCCCUGAAGACGAAUCAAUCAUCAUGUCUUCAUUUGUGAACACAAUGACUUCUCUCGGUGUAAAACAAGUUGAAGAUGGGGAGGUGUUUGAUUUCAGAGGCAUGAGGCUUGACUGGUUCAGAUUGCAGGCUUACACCAGUGUAUCCAAGGCUUCAUUGGGUUUGGCAGAUCAUAGAGAACUUGGCAAGAUGAUGAACACUAUUAUUUUUCAUACUAAAAUGGUGGACUCCUUGGUUGAAAUGUUGGUGGAAACAUCUGAUCUCUCCAUAUUCUGCUUUUACAGUCGUGCUUUUGAGAAGAUGUUCCAGCAGUGCUUGGAGCUGCCUUCACAGUCCAGAUACUCCAUUUCUUUCCCACUGGUCUGCACCCAUUUCAUGAGUUGUACCCACGAGCUGUGCCCUGAAGAGCGACAUCAUAUUGGAGAUCGGAGUCUCUCUUUGUGUAACAUGUUUUUGGAUGAAAUGGCAAAACAAGCUCGAAAUCUCAUUACAGACAUCUGCACAGAACAAUGCACUCUUAGUGACCAGUUACUGCCAAAACAUUGCGCCAAAACCAUCAGUCAAGCAGUGAACAAGAAGUCAAAAAAACAGACUGGAAAGAAAGGAGAACCUGAGCGAGAGAAGCCUGGAGUGGAGAGCAUGAGAAAGAAUAGGCUUCUAGUUACCAACUUGGACAAACUACACACUGCUCUUUCUGAGCUUUGUUUCUCCAUCAAUUAUGUACCAAAUAUGGUUGUUUGGGAGCACACCUUCACUCCAAGAGAAUAUUUGACUUCACAUCUGGAAAUCCGCUUCACCAAGUAAGUCACACUCAGUUAUGUAGUUGCACGCUCCUAUGAGUAUCUCGACAACUGGACAAGUGUAAGGGCGUAUAUGACAGUACUACAGUCCAUUGAAAACUAUGUACAAAUUGACAUUACAAGAGUGUUCAACAACGUCCUCCUACAGCAAACCCAGCAUUUGGAUAGUCAUGGAGAGCCUACAAUAACCAGCCUGUACACCAACUGGUAUCUGGAAACUUUACUGAGGCAAGUGAGCAAUGGGCACAUUGCAUACUUCCCAGCAAUGAAGGCCUUUGUGAAUCUGCCUACAGAAAAUGAGCUAACUUUUAAUGCAGAGGAAUAUUCAGACAUUUCAGAGAUGAGGGCUCUUUCUGAGCUGCUGGGUCCCUAUGGUAUGAAGUUCCUCAGUGAAAGCCUGAUGUGGCACAUUUCUUCCCAGGUGGCUGAACUCAAGAAACUUGUGGUGGAUAAUGUUGAAGUGCUUACGCAAAUGAGGACCAGCUUUGACAAACCAGACCAGAUGGCAGCACUGUUCAAGAAAUUAUCAUCAGUUGACAGUGUACUGAAAAGGAUGACCAUUAUUGGUGUAAUUCUCUCAUUCCGCUCGCUAGCCCAGGAAGCACUUCGAGACGUGUUGUCCUGUCACAUUCCCUUCCUUGUAAGCUCAAUUCAGGACUUCAAGGACCACAUACCAAGGGAAACAGACAUGAAGGUGGCAAUGAACGUCUAUGAGCUUUCAUCAGCUGCAGGCUUGCCCUGUGAGAUUGACCCAGCCCUAGUUGUGGCAUUAUCUUCCCAGAAGUCUGAGAAUAUCAGUCCAGAAGAAGAAUACAAAAUAGCCUGUCUCUUGAUGGUUUUUGUGGCAGUUUCAAUGCCAACCCUGGCCAGCAAUGUGAUGUCACAAUACAGCCCUGCCAUUGAAGGACACUGCAACAACAUUCACUGCUUGGCAAAGGCAAUAAACCAGAUAGCUGCUGCAUUGUUUACCAUCCAUAAAGGCAGCAUUGAGGACCGUCUCAAAGAGUUUCUGGCUCUCGCAUCUUCCAGCUUGCUGAAAAUCGGACAGGAGACAGAUAAGACAACGACACGGAACAGGGAAUCGGUUUAUUUGCUGCUCGAUAUGAUUGUGCAAGAGUCUCCUUUUCUUACAAUGGACCUGUUGGAGUCCUGCUUCCCCUACGUCCUGCUGAGGAAUGCAUACCAUGCCGUCUACAAGCAAAGUGUCACAUCUUCAGCAUAAAUAUCAUUAAAUUGGAGCCAAGGCAUGAUCAGAAUAAUCAUUGCUUUGGUAAUAACAUAACUGUGAGGUUGUUUUACAUUGUAGUCUUAAGGGAUUUUGUGAAAUCAGAUCACUUUUUCAUAACGAUGUAUUAGUGACCGGUUGUUUCCUAUAAUGAUUAUAGUAAUCUAUAAGCUUGGUUGAUAAGGAUUAGUGACACUACUACAACCAUUUUUGAAAAGGACCUGUGUUAGAAAACACUAAUUAAACUGAUUUCUUGGUUGGAUUUUAAGUAUCUUCAGUCAUGCAAAAUAUGUUGCUUGUUUAUUGAUACCUAUGCUUAAAUGAUAAAUAGUGAUUAUUUUAGAUGGUUGUUCUAGCUUUGAUCUGUGUGGGUUAUAAUGUGCAUUUUUUUGUGGAUUCUAAUUUUUUUUUUUUUACACUUUUUUUUUUUCUUAUUUUUUUGAAAUAUUUGCCAAAUUAUGACACUAUAUAAAAUCUCAUUUUGUUCAAGGUUGGGCAGAAUUGUAGUUAACUACAAAAUAUUCUAAGCAACAUGUUGUUUGUACAAAGCAUAGUAUAAUUUUUUUUACUAACUUUCAUGGAGCCUUGUUGGCAUUAACAUCACCAUUGUUGUACCCUUCUGUAUGGUAUGAUAAACAUUAUUACAUAUUUAUCGAAUGUUGAUAAAUUGCUAUCCCUUAACUACUUUUUUAUAUGUUUUAAAUUUUUGAAACUCCAGUGUAACUUCCAUAACAAAAUAAACAUUAGGUUAUAUCCCGUAA